CCGCUGCUGCGUUACCUGCAGGAAGGCUGAAGACUCGGAAAUAGCAGAGGGGGCAAAAGAGUCACCUUUGAAAAAUAACCUUUCACCGUGGGAAGAAUGGUUCAUUGGCAAAGAGAAGGAACUGCGUGCCCGCUCCCAGGCUAGAGCUGAAGAGGAAAUGAAUAAACAGCUUGAGAAGAUGAAGCAAAAGCAAGAACGUGAAAGGAGGAAAAGGAUAGCUGAAGAGAAACACAAGGAAUGGGUCCAAAAAAAGAGAGAAGAGGAAAGAAGAGAAAGGGAACGAAAGCUGAGCAAAGAAAUGGCAGAAAAAGCCACAAGGGAACUUGAAAAAAUGCAGUUACAGGAAAAGGCUGAGGCAAAGUAUAAAGAAUGGCUACAGAAGAAGAGAGCUGAAGAGGCAGAAAAGAAGAAAAGAGAAAAGGAAAAAGAAAUAGAACGGGAAGCUGAGCUACAGGAGAAGAAAACGAGAUCGGAGAAAAUCUUUAAGGAAUGGCUGCAAAAUGCUAGAAAUAAACCACGCCCUGGCUUAAAUGGUUGUGGUUUCCCACAUGGGAAGUCUACAGGGAGUGCUGACAGGAGUUCAUAUCCAGCCCCAGCAUAUUGUAACCCCAUUCCUUGGAAACCCAUCCAUGUUCCUCCCCCAAAGGAAGACAGUGUCCUUACCAUGAAGAAGAACAAGAGACUGUCUUGUCAGCCACAUGCAUCUUCACCUAUGGUAAUUUCUAAGCCCAAGAACAACCCUGGUAUUGGAUCCUUGUGCAGAAAGAAGUCAUAGUUCAGAAAAAAAUUGUUCUUAUGAUCUGGAGCAGACUGGGCCAUAGCCAUAAAUGUGAAAUUCUGAGUAGUCAUACGUCCAAAGCAGAUUGCUUUCUGCUUUUUUUUAAUCUUCAUUUUUGUGAAUAGGUUUUGUAUUUACAGGUAACUGACCAAUCAGGGUUUUUUAUGGUUUUUCUAUGUUACAUUUUAGUAAAAAAAAAAAAAGGAAAAGCAAAAGUCAUCUUUAAUCAGCUGUAAUGGGACUGUACCUUAAUACCAAUAAAAUGCACAGGAUUGUUUGUUACUUU